CCUCAAUCCAUCCAAAGGUCCCCCAAACCCUAUCGCCACCGUCUCCCCCCUAAAUCCUCCCCUUCUCCACCGAAAACCCACCUUUCUUGCCCUCGAUCGAGCCCUCGAAGCUUCCCCCUAUGGCGGAUUCCGACGCACCGGCAUCUCCGGCGGCGGCGGAGGCGAUAGAAGAACUGGUGAAGGGAGCGGAUGGUCUCCAGGACGACGCUGCGGCCACCGUGGAAUCAUCCAAGCCCAGCGAGAUUGCGCCCGCCGCUCCGGAUCACAAGAGGAAGCUGGGGGAUCUCGAGCCCCAUGAUGACGAAGAGACCCCGCUCAAGAAGAAGGAGGUCUCAACCGACGCCCCGGCGCCAGACGCCGGUGAGUCGGGGCCGGAGGCGAAGGAGAUCGCUGCCAGCGUCGGCGAUGCGGAGCUGCCCCGCCCGGAGGGAGAGAUCGACGGCUCAGUGCCUAAAGAGGUGAAUUCGGAUGACAUGCGGGACACUGAACCAAAGCCUGAGGAGAUUGAUGCCGAUAAACUGCGCCCGGAUGAAGGAACUAAUGAAUUGGCUGCUGAUGGAGUGCAGAAAUCAGAGGCUCCAUCAGUGAAUGGUGAACUUUCUUUGGCUCAAAAUGUUCAGCAGGCUCCUGCAGAGAAUUUUGAGAACCCUGCUUCUGAGGUUUCUCAGCAGGGUAGUCUUCCAUCAGCAGGACAGCAGCCUUCUGUUGAGCUGGAAACUACGUCUCGUACAAUUCAAGUUCCUAACAGCAAGGUUGGUGUUCUAAUUGGUAAAGCUGGGGAUACAAUCAGGUACUUGCAAAUUAAUUCAGGGGCUAAAAUUCAAAUCACAAGAGAUGCUGAUGCCGAUCCGCACUUUUCUACUCGGCCUGUGGAACUGAUAGGAUCUCUUGAAAAUAUCAACAAGGCAGACCAACUAAUUAAGGAUGUCAUAGCAGAGGCUGAUGCGGGGGGUUCCCCAUCACUUGUAGCUAGGGGUUUUAGUACUGUACAAUCUGGCAGUGAACAAACUGAAAUAAAAGUUCCAAAUGAAAAGGUGGGAUUGAUCAUAGGGAAGGGCGGUGAGACAAUUAAGAACCUACAGACCAGAUCUGGUGCUCGCAUUCAGUUGAUCCCACAGCAUCUACCUGAAGGGGAUUCAUCCAAGGAAAGGACUGUGCGUAUAACUGGAAACAAAAAGCAUAUUGAAUCUGCCAAAGAAAUGAUCAAGGAAGUUAUGAAUCAGGUUCCUACAAGGCCCUCACCUCUCUCAGGUGGUUACAGUCAGCAAGUUUUUCGUCCCCAUGGGCCUGCAACAACACCCCAGUGGGGACACCAAGCAACAGUACCCACACAACGAACCACGGGCUAUGAUUACCGGCAAAGAGGUACAUAUCCACCACCUCAGACAACACAAUAUCCUCAACCAUAUGGCAGCUAUUCACGGCGGCCCCCUCCGAGAGGUGGCUAUAGUGCAGGCUGGGAUCAGAGGCCAGCAGCUCCUGCUCAGAGCACAUAUCCAAGUGGUGGCUAUGACUACUACGGUCAAGGUGGCCAGGCAACUGAAAACCUGCCAUCUAACCCAAUGCCUAACCCCUCUCUGGUAUCAACCCCAGUUCCUGUGAACUACAACUAUGGACAGUCUCAAGCUCCAGCUUAUGGACAACCAACACCUUAUGCAGACUCUGCGCCUACACAGCAGAACUAUGGCCAUGGCUAUAAUGAGCCAAAGUAUGAUAACCAAGCACCUAGCCAGCAGUUUUAUGGGCAACAGUCUCUGAGCUCCCAGCCAGGUGUCUAUGGACAACAAGCAAGCGUAGCACAGCCAGGCUAUGGUCAACAACAGACUUACAGCAAGCCAUCUUACGGUGCUGCUGCACCACAAGAAAUGCCUCCAUCUUAUGGGCCACCUAGAGCAAGUCAGCCGGGUGAUCCGAUGUAUCAGGGUCCUGCUCCAUCCUAUGGGUCAGGUGCACCCGCUCAAUCAUAUCCAUAUGGUUCGACUGCACCCCCUCAGCAGCCAGCACCUGGUUAUAAUCAGACUUACGGACCUGCAUCAUCAGCUGCUGCGGAUGGGUAUGCGCAACCGCCAUCAGCUGGUUAUCCUCAGCAUGGUGGUUUGGCUGCUCCUGGCUAUGGUGGACAGCCGGUGGCUGGGUACACCCAACCAGGUUCACAAACUGGUGGGUAUGGGCAGUAUCCAUCAUCCCAACAAGGCUACGGCGAGCCCAUCUCCAGCAAUAUGAAUUAUGGGUAUCAUAGUGGGUCGGCGGAUGCAGGUCAUAGCAGUGCUGUCCUGAGUUCAGGAUAUGGUGCAUCACUGCCGGCAAGCGGUCAGCCAGGGUAUGCUCAGGCACCGCCAAAUCCAUUGGGCUACUAUGAGCAGUCUGUUCCACCUCAGUCAGGUUUUGCCGGCCAUCCAGGCACCGCACCAGUUGGUGGUUAUGUGAAGAGUCUCUCUCCACAGCCUGGAUAUGGAGGUCAGUAAGAUUCUGCUCGAGUGCACGGUCAUCAUCCAUGCCAUCACUGUUAACGUUUUGAGAGCUUUAGAUGCAGCUGUCUUAUGGCAUGGAAGGUGAUAGCAUGCUAGAUUUUCAUUUGAGGGUACAUUUCAGAAUUUGGGCUCUGCAACCAAGUCUAUCAGACUGUUGUUUGAUGCAUGCGGUACUUUUAAAUGGAUCAGUUUAGUUAUACAUAAUUUUAAUCCUUAAUUGUCCUAAUAUUGUUUUUUUUUUUUUUUUGUUUUAAUGUUCUGUACUUAGGGUGUAUGCUAUAUCCCUUUAGAGUGUGAGUAACGUGGCCCUUGAAA